CCGGCCGCUGCUGAGAACCGUUACCCGGAGACAAGCGUCUGUCCGCGGCCACACACUCACCGGUCCCCCGCUCCCUCAGUGCGGAGCUGGAGCUGUGAUGGCGCCAUGAAGAAGACCGAGAGCUGCUGCUGGGGACAGUGUGGAGGCCGGAGCCGGGCCCAGCCUGAGGCGCAGCCGCCGUGGUGAUGGUGUUGAACUCAGGUGACGUCUUCAUGGAUCCGGUCGAGGGUGAACGUGUUGGGAGGAGUGGGGACCAGUUGGAGCCAGAUGUCCCAGCAGAUCCACGGAAAACCACCAGCGGCUCCGCUGCAGCGACCAGAUUGUCGGCCAAGAGUAGCAAUGUUGCCAAGAAGGAGAAGGUGUCCCACAACGGAGUCCCAGCCCAGUCCACCAGCAGCCUGGUAGAGAGGAGGUCAUCAUCAGCAUUAAGAGGUGGGGCCACGGCCAGACCCCCGCUCCGCCGGCCCCUCAGCCUGGAUAUGACGCCCCAGCGCCUACGAGCCUCUCAGGAGCAGGUUGCGGACAGGCGGGUCCUGAAGCCUCCUUGGCGCAGCGGGUCGGUGGUCCCCUCGCCCCCGGCACGCAGCCUGACCAGCCCCAGCCUGGGGGCCGGCGGCUGGAUGCGGCGGAGUGAAAGCUCCUGCUCAGUCAACUACUCCCUGGGCUACCGGGCAAGCAAGGGGCAACUGCGACCUGCCGUGUCACUGCCCCACAUAGCCAAACAGGUGGGGGGCACGACGCUGCCUACCUCCACCAGGCCCUGUUUGCUCAUUGCCCUCAGACCUCUGAACUUGGAGCAGGAGAAGCAGAUGUUCUUUGAGUCCGACUACAAGUACGAGCCUCAAUUUGAGUAUGCCCAGCCUGAGCCGAGGAGCAUGCUGGAGAAGUACCAGGAGGGCUCGGGCCUCUUCCUCCAGCAGGCCAUUGGAAUCAUGGAGUGCGUCCUGAGGAAGUUUGGCUCCUAUGAGAACUUUGAGGAGGUGACGGGGGGUAACGUGCUUCCUAAGUGUCAGGUCUGGGCGGCUGUACGUAAAUACCUGCAGAAAGAAGGCUGUGUGGGAGAGGUGGUUGUGCGUUUGUCUGACGAGCUGCUGUCUCAGGCGGUGAUGGUGGUGGAGAGCUGUCGUCCCACUCUGACCAUCAACCUGGCGAGGGCUCGGCAGCACUGGCUGGAGGGGAUGCUGCGACAUGAGAUCGGGACACAUUAUCUACGAGGCGUCAACAACCAGCUGCAGCAGUGGGCCACCUCGGACGGGAGGAAGCAGUUCGGCCUCAAACCGGCGAACCCCACGGAGGAGGGCCUGGCCAGCCUGCACAGCGUGCUGCUCCGGAAGCAGCCGUACCUCUGGAGGGCCGCGCUGCUCUACUACACCGUGCAGCACGCCGCUCACAUGAGCUUCACACAACUCUUCACACACAUCGCACAAUACGUCCAGGACCCCGACGUCCGCUGGGAAUACUGCCUGAGAGCCAAGAGGGGGCAGACCGACACCUCCCAGCCAGGCUGCUUCAGCAAAGACCAGGUGUAUCUGGACGGAAUUCUUCGGAUUCUUCGUCAUCGAAAGUCGAUCGACUUCAAGAUGUUGACGUCUUUAGGAAAGGUGUCCUACGAGGACGUGGAGAGGCUGAGACACCUGGCGGUGCUCCAGAGGACCAGAGUCCCUCACUUCAUGCGAGACCAGGAGCGGUACCUGCAACAUCUGGAUCACAUCGUGGCCGUCAACGAACUGGACGACUCCGCUCUGAAACAUCUGCUGCCUUGAGUGUCUCUGCAGCGUCUGAAGCCGAGAAGAGGACGACGCCCCUGAAGGGUGCUGGGACAUCGACUGGGUCAUGUGACUCCCUGAAUGUCACGUGACAUGUGGGCGAUCCUUGUUAAACUUGAAUGAUACAAACAAAAAGGGACGAACACACUAACACCUCUUAGCUACAUGUUCACUUUCGUCUAAUGCAUGUCCACAAGCCCCGCCCCCUUUACUCCCACUAUAACGUUACCUCAACACUGCGGAGCGACGAUGUAAUAAACAUAAUAUACACAUUUCAUGUACAUAUUUAAACCUACAUAAUCACAGGUUUUUUACUUUGACAGAACAAACUGAAUGUCUCUGCUUUAGCUUCAUAGCUUCUUUUCUAGUCACUGUUUUCUACGCCUUAGAUUAUUUGCAUUUGAAAAAGGACACCAAGGACACGUGGACCGCGUCCAACCCCGAGGAGCUGAGGCCUGGACUCAUUCAAAUCUUCCGUUUGUCCCUGGGAGCUUCUCAAAUAUCAGUGUUAUUAAAACCAGUGGUGUUAUUUCUGUGAGGUCAGAGUCCUUGGUGCCCUUUAGAGAUUUGAAUAUCAAUAUGCUUCCGUGAUGUGACCCGUCCCCGAGCUCCGCCUCUGCGCAGCGAACGCUUUUCAUUUUGCAACGUUAAAGGAACAGUUCAGCGUUUUGGGAAACGUGCAUCAGGGUCAGUUUGCUCAUGGACACUCAAGCAAACUGAAGGAGUCAGGGAUCGAACCGGCAGCCUCCUGGUUUUACCUCCAGAGCUACACCCAACUCUAAUAUGACUCAGUGUUUAGUUUGUUAUUCUGUCAAGUCAGAUCACUGCUUCAUAUCAACCCUGAUCAGCAGCGCCCCCUGCAGCCAAUCAUGGUGAUUAGACGCACUGGACUGGGUCGUACCGCUGGUUCUUACCCAUGAUCCUCUGCUUCUGACCCUGAAGAGCUGCAGCUGAGACAAAUCCACCAAACUCUGUUCAGAAUUCAUGUUUUAAUAUAAUUAAUAUUGGAGAUAAACUCUGGUUUUUGAUAACUCUAGUAUUUUUAACUGAUCUCAGUUCAGCUUCACUCUGUCUUCUCCACCAGGAAGUUGAAUGAGCACAUUUCCCAAAGUGUCAAACUGUUCCUUAAACGUAUAGAAGUGCCUGAGUGGCAUCUUUCCUAAAGCGCCCGUCUCUUUGUGACGCAGCCACACUGGCCCUGAUUGGCUGAUGGGAGGGGGGGCGUGCCUUCGAUGGGUGAACAGCUCACCUGCUCUAGUUAGACGUGUGUCUGUUGCUGCUUUUUACUGUUUGUGACUCAUCAUGUCGGUCGUCUGAGCAGCAUCAGCAAUGACUCACUGAAGAAAUCACACAUUUGUUUAAGUCGCCAGUUUUUAACUUCAAAACCUCGACUAGAAUGUGAAGCCCUCUUCUUUGAUGCAUUUUAAAUCCAUGGGAUGAGGGAGACCCCUCAGCGGCUCCGCCCACUCGCCUGCUGACCUCAGCGGCUCCGCCCACUCGCCUGAACCACCGCACUCAGUGUUUGUGACGCACGAAUGUUGCACAAGUGUUUUAUGUUCUGGGAAAUUUCCAGUUUAUUUAUUAAAAGUGCACAAGGUGAA